UUGUACACAUGUAGAAGUGUUGCCGCCCCUUGCAGGACUGGAGACGCGCUGUGUGCAUUCAUGCAAACUCACAAUAAAUACAGGACAAUUUUAAACAUACAUGUAUCUUUACAAACGCUUUUUGUCCUGAGGAUUUUUCUGCUUUUGAAUCCGAGUCGGUCUUGACCGUGCGGUGAUACGCUGUAAAGUACGGGUUUACAACUUUAAGAGUGGGAUGUUCCUCAGAGCAGUGAUAAGAAUGAGGAAACAGUAGCUGUGAAUGCAGGCACAGCUCAAAGCUCACGAGUCUUUUAACACAACACUCCGUGAUCAUCCGUGGACGAUGGUCGACAGUCAUCAGGCUGGGGCGAUGGGAAAUGGCUCCAACAUCACGCCGAAUGGCAAGGCUGAUGGGAACUCGGGUAACCUAGAUAAUAUUGCCUUUGUUCUGGUGCCUUUCUUCUUCCUGCUGGGGCUUCUGGGAGUCCUGAUCUGCCACAUCCUGAAGAGGAAGGGCUACCGCUGUACAACUGAGGCAGAGGAAGAGGAGGACCUGGAGAAAGAGGAGGAUGAAGAGAAGGAUCCAGAGAAAGGAGAUCUGAACGACACCUUCAGUGAAGGCAACACUGACACGGUGGGCCAAAUUGUUCACUACAUCAUGAAAAAUGAAGCCAACUCUGAUGCACUUAAAGCCAUGGUUCAGGACAGUAUAGAAUCGGAGGGUGGCCCUUUGACACCCACCUCACCGAACACACCCACCAGCCCAGAGACCCCUGCACUGCCAGGGUUGCCGCCCAGCGCAGCCAAACACACCUGCAACCACCUGCACACCAUCGGAGGGGUCGGAGGACAGAAGAACAUCUGCAACCGCUGCAACCAGAAAAAAUGGCCUCUGAUGAGACGCUCAUCCAGCAAGAGACUGGACAGACGCAGUCACAUAGGAGGAGUCACAGUGUUGUCUGUAGGCAGAUUCCGUGUGACAAAGUGUGACCCCAAAUCGGCCCGGCGGACGUUAUUGAUCACCGAGCCCAAUGGUAGUGUUCCCCCUUCACCUGCUAACGCUGACCCCCCUGAACAGAACACAGGCCCAAAGUCACAGGAAAAAGAAGACCGCUCAAAGUGACACCUGACAGAGCUCCAGCAGCUUCUCAGGUGACAUUUUAAAAAACUUUUAAUCUGGAAGUCACAAUUCCAAAUAGGACUUAAGAGAGGGGAAACGCAUGAAACUAUGACGAGAGAUGUGAUAAUGGAGGAGGAAAAGAGGAUGAUGGAUGUGAACCCUCCUUUUUGUCAUGAGACUCGUCAGUUGUGGAAAGGCAGCAGAAGCCAUGAUAAACAUUAACCUGUCGCCAUGCCAACACAUCUUUCUCAAACAUCCUUGUGUCAUUAUCAGUGGCGGAUGGCUUCAUUUGUGCUUGUUAACGACUAUGAACGUGUCAAUGUUUAAUCCAACCUGGCGUCAUGGUCCGAGGUUUUCGCCUUGUGCCUCUUUGGGCUACUUCCAGGAAGUGGGAAGUUUUGUUCCAGUUUUUUUUUUUUCCUAUUUAUUGCAAGCUGUGAUAAACACGGAAAACCAGAGCCAUGAAAUUUCUGACUAGUUACAAUCUAGACCAAACGUUUUUCUUAACUUCUUGUCAUCUUAAACGGACUGGGUUUGAUCUCUUCACUAAAUGCAACUUUUCACCUUAGUUUUUUUUUUUUUUUUAAUGACUUAAAUUGUGUUUUGACAACAUUUUUCUGUAAACCAGUCAAAUUGCAUGUUUAAUAGAUUAAUUUAUCAACCUAGUGCACCUUAAUCGACUGGAAGUUUGCUUGAUGUCUUGAUCAGAGCACUGCGAUCAAUUCAUCAGUCUGUUGAACACUCAGCGCUUAAGCAAUGAUUAAUAUUCGUAGUUUCAAGAUUCGUUAUAGCUUGCAUGCAUCCACAUCCAGUUCAGAAACUCUCAUAUAGCUCAUAUAUUAUUAUAAUGUCAGACAAAUAUAAUAGAUAAAACAUGUAUAUUACCUCACAAAAGUAAAAGUGUCCUUGGUGUAGUGCCACACAUAGGCAAAGAGGACAGAAAUAUAGGACUUUUAAUAAUUCUGCGUAUUUUAACAAAAUAAAUAUACAGGUGACAUUUUUUUUUAUGUAUUUUGACUUUUAUUAAUAUUGUCAUUAUUGUGCCACUGAUUCUUUGCCUUUGUUUUUUUUUUUGUUGCUCAAACACCUUAAAGAAAGACCUUGAGGUGUCUAGAAGUGGUCAAGUUCAUUGCACAAGUGCUGGAACGAAUAGCUUAAAUGUUGCCCAAAGUCUUUACUGUUCAAAUUUUAGGUAAAGAUAUUCACACUGAAAUAUAAUUAUAUAUAAUAAUCUUAAUGUGUACAGAAAUGGUCACUUCAAGUACUGCCAUUUCUGAAAUCGAAAAUAAUUAAAGAAAUGUUAAAGGUGUAUAGAAAUGUUUAAAAAAAAUGGGAAUGUACUGUUAUAUUUUACUGGAAGUUUUGUACCCAGAAUUUAUACAUUAAAAAGAUUAAACACACA